AUGUACCAGACAGUCACUGUUACAACUCCAAAACGUGUUUCUUUCUCUCAUUCAUUCUUCUCUGUCUCUUCAAUUUCCCCUUCAAACACAGAAACGGUCACAUUUCCAACAUCCCAAUAACUCCACCAUCUUUCAUCUUUCAUCUUUCAUCUUUCAUCUUCUUCUUCUUCUUUUUCAUCUUCUUCACACACUCUUAAAUUCCACACAUUAACCCAAAUCCAAACCCAACCCAUUUCACUUCCUUCAUCCCUUUCACUUUCCAAUCAUUCUCCCACAAUGUCCACAUUAAAAAGCCUUGUUCUUUCGCUCCUCCUCCUUCUGGGCUUCUCGCCGCUCAUCGCCGCCGCCAAUGGCAGCGCUCCGCCGCAAGAGCUCUGGUGUGUGGCGAAGAACAACGCGGAGGACGCGUCGCUGCAGGCCGCGCUCGACUGGGCCUGCGGUGCCGGCGGCGCGGACUGCGGACCAAUCCAGAGUGGUGGGCCCUGCUACGACCCCAGCAGCGUGCAGAAUACGGCAUCGUUUGCCUUCAACGACUACUUUCUCAAACAUGGCAUGACCGACGAUAGCUGCAACUUCAACAACAACGCUGCCGUCACUUCCCUCAACCCUAGUUUUGGCAACUGCAAGUUCCACUCCGGCAUGGUAGGGAGCAAUGGGAGUUUUUCUGGGUCGACACCUUCAUCUUCUGUUGGAUUGGGACCAAGUGAAGAUUUGAGUGGGUGCAGGAAAGUUUCCUGGGGGUGGUGGUUAUGGCCUUUGAUGUUUAUGGUUUCUGUUUUUGGAUCAUAGGAGGUAGAAACUGAAAAUAGUCCUUGAUUUGAUAGGGAAUUGCAGAAGAGAAAGGUUUUGCUUGUUCGCAUUGCACAGGUUAGACAUCUUAGGAUAUAUAUCAAAUUUUGUUUUAUGGCAACCUAGAUCAGAAUGAAUGUAUCUGUUUUGCUGAGAUUUGAGUUUUGUUUUGAGAAUGAAUGCUUCAAAUUGUGGGAUUUAGUUUAAGUUAUGAGGAAGAGAAAAGAUUGCCAAUUUACCCUAAUCCCUCAGAUUGAUAAAUUUAGUCUAAAUAUAUAAAUAUAUUUCCUUUUAGGCUCCCUUAGACAGAAAAGUUUGAGGAUAUUGUGUGUUUAUUUUCUUGUAUAGUCAUAAACCCUCCUUCAAAAUUAAUACUUUUUGGAAAUCCAUCCACAAGUAUUACUUUUGUGUGAUAAAAUUGAAUAAAAGCAUACAUAAUUAAAAUAGAGAUAAGAAGAGAAGACGAAAUGUGAGAUUAAACUGGAAACUGUCAUGAAGAAAAACAGAGGAAACUAACAAACAACGUGUUAAGAGUGAUAUAAUUAUAUUGAAAAUUGCUAUGCAUGAGGUGGUCCCUCCUUGACUUCUACAAAUUAUAAUUCUUGAAAUAGGUAUAUGAUGAUGCCAGUUUUUGUAUGACCAUGUGAUGCAUAACAUAAUAUUCGUUAAGACAUUCAAUCCUGAAAAAUCUGUCUGUCGUUUUCUUUGAGAAAAUUCUGCCUCAAUAGUCGUUAACCUUAGUGUGAACAUGUUAUAAGGUUUGGAGAAAUAUAUUUUAUUAUAAUAUUUAUUUCAACAUCUAAGCAAAAAAAGUCAUGUUUACUUGUGAUAAAAGAGAUAUGGGGAAUUUGGUUGUAGUAAGUUGCGUGGAAAUGACUGUUGCAAAGCUUUCAACCUUUCGCAACAUUGAAAAUUAUAUGUUGAGACAUUUUAGCCAAAAAUAUAAUCAA